AUGCUAUGGCAGGUCAUUGCUCUGUUCCUGAUUACGAUCAUCCUAACGACUACAGUCGAUUCUGCUAGUCUAACGACGGAUGAACACACCCUCGGAACGGGAAUCGCUGAGUCUCGGACAUUCGGGCGUAUCAGACGACUGCAGGCAAUGAUCGUUCCGGUAAUGUUCUUCCUCGGUGUGAUGAAAACGCUGCUCGCCUUCCUGGUUGCCAUCAGCCUGAAGUCCCUGUUCGUCGGUGUGUCGAUACUGAUGAUCAACAUCGGCCUAGCGAUGGCUAAGGUGAUCGCCUUCUUCAAGACGAAACACUCCUACGAGCAUCAUGGCCACGGUGGAGGUGGCUGGUCGGACAAGAAUAUCCACGUGCACAUCCACAACGAUGGCUACGUACAGCACGGUAGCUACCCGGUGGAGUUUGAACACCCGCCAACGGGACUGCAGCACACGGCCCCGAACGUAUUCCCCAGCUAUGGUCCGCCGGUACUACAGGCGUACUCGACGGCGGCACACCGAUCACGCAGUGACGUCCUCAGCAAUCCGGUCUACGUUACGUCGACGGUGGACCAUGAGGAGGAUCGCUAUCCAAAAGUGCUCGUCACCGACAGGGAUAAGCUGGACCAGAUUUACGCUGGAUGGCGGCAGCUGAACCGCAAGGGCCGAUAA